AUGCUGACUCAACAGCCACAAAUUAAAACUGCAGGUUGUUUAAUCAUUGGUGAUGAAGUAUUGAAUGGGAAAAUCCUUGACACUAAUUCAUAUAAUUUUGCUAAAUUUUGUUUCAAUAACCUAACUAUUCCUCUCAAACGAACGAUUGUUUGUGGUGAUGAAGCAGAUGAUAUCUCGGUAUCAUUGAAUAAUUUAAUUAAACAAGAUGAGAUAGAUUUUAUCAUUACGUCCGGUGGAUUGGGAAGCACUCAUGACGAUAUAACAUACAAAACUUUGAGUGAUUAUUUUGAUCUAGAUUAUGCAUUGGAUAAUGAGGUGGUAGAAAGAAUGCAAACGCUUCGUAAAGACUAUUUAUCCAAAUUGAAUGAAGAUCAAUUAAAUGCAUUCUACAAAAUGGCUACAUUGCCAACAAAUAAAGUAGGAUCAAAUGCAACAGUGAGAAAAAUAUUUGUUGAUGACGAUUUAUGGUUUCCAGUGGUUGUGAUUAAUGAGCAAGUUUUUAUUCUUCCUGGUGUACCAAAGCUUUUCACUAGAUUGUUGAAUGAUUUAGAAAAGGUUUUGAAACCAAGAAUCCGACCAACAAGUUUAAUUCGAAGAUACGUAUUAACUAAAUCCGGUGAAUCAAAAUUAGCACCUUAUUUGACUAAUUUACAAAAUGAUUGCGAUGAAAAAUACGGAAAAGGAAAUUUAAAGAUAGGAAGUUAUCCUCAUAUGGGACAAAAUGUUAAUACGAUCAGUGUCAUAGGGAAAAAUUUGGAGAAAACCGAUUUGGAUUGGGUGAUUGAAGAUUUAUUGAAAAGAGUAGACGGGGACGCUAGAGAGAUAUCACAAGUGGAAGAAGAUGAAUUAACCAAUGCGUAA